AUGUGGAAGCAGGCCUGCUUUGGUCUGCUUUGCUUUCUCGAGGUGGUUUUUGAUCUGGUGCUGGGCUUAGUGGUGGUGGAGCUGUUGCAGUUCGCGGAGGUCGCUGUGCUGAGAGCACGAGAUCGGGUUUCCAUCAUGUUCUUCUCUGGCAAUGACCUUCUAUACUUGCUCGAGAUGAUGCCAUCCCUCCAAGACGAUGCUCGCUACAAUGGAUCGGCACGAUGCGGCACUUCCAGUUUGGCUACGGUUGUUGCUGGCAGGCAUGACCUGACCUGGGGUGGAUGGCUUUGCGGCAGGAGAGGACAUUCCCGCGGACAGCUUGGUAUAAUAGACGCCAUCUCCCCGUGUCCUAAGUUCCUUGUCGAUCGCGGCAUCGGCGUCGUCAUCUUCGCAGGGACUGGACAUGCCUCUCUCAUUGAGCGCAAGACACUCAUCCUCAAUAGCUGCCGCAGUCUGAGCUUGGACGACUUCCAGCACGGCCCCAAUUCUUUCCUGGUCUCGACUGCAGGCUGCUAA